CGUGAGCCGGGCCCGGGGCGCCCGCCGGGCCCGCACCGCCGCCUCGCCAGAAAUGGAAACAAACAACCAUUUUAACUUCACUGGCCUUUCCUCCGUACCUACUGCCUCAGGACUGAAACCCACGCCUUCCUCAGGGGACAGCCUAUACACGAACGGGUCUCCUAUGAACUUCCCCUCACAAGGGAAAAGUUUGAAUGGGGGUAUGAAUGUUAAUGGCUUCUCUACUGUAUCUCACACUAGUACUUCAGGGACCUUCACCUCCACCACACAUUCCUCCAGUACGCCUCACCUCCACUCCUACGACUGUCUCUGGGACUACUCGCAGUACCAGCCUGCCAGCACUGGCAACCUCAAGGACAGCAGCCCCAUCAUCUCCCAGUUCUCCAGCCUCGGACAGUACCCGCUCAACGGCAUUAUUGGGGGCUCCCGGCAGUCAUCCCCAGGGCACAACACUAACCUGAGGGGGACAGGGCAGGAGUUCUGGGGCAACGGCACCCCCAGCUCAAUGGGGCUGAACUUUGACUCGCAGGAGCUGUACGACUCCUUCCAUGACCAGAACUUUGAGCUCAUGCAGAACGGGCCAGCCAGCUUCUACGCAGCCUCCCAGCCUUCCCCCAUGCUGAGCUCCGGCAUGCAAUCCUUCUCGCUUCCCCAGUGCCCGCAGGAUGAGUCGGGCACCAGCGAGGAAGACACAGCCGCAGCCAAAGAGAUUUCCCCUACCAUCUCAGAGAAUGGGGGCGGGCUGGUGGGCAGCAUGGAGCUGGAAGACACACAGCCAGACUUGAAGAUAUGCAGCUACAAUGGGUCUGCUGCAGCUGUGGUGCCGCUCAGCCAGGAGGCAUCUGUCUUGGCACCUGACACGGCCAGCGGCUGCCUGGGGGACGCGUCUCCUAUCACCACUCCUCUGGAAGAUGCUCACAUCCUGAGCGAAGACCCUCUGGAGCCUUUUGAGUCUCUGGCCAGAGACCCAGGGACUGGAGACCUCUACGAGAUGGAUGACUCUCAGCUGGUGAGCGACAAAUCCCCCCUGGAGGAGCCCCCUGACAUGUCGAGCCUGCACUGCUCUUCCAGCCCCUCCCUCAACAACUCCAGCUCCUUCAGCCUGCUGGCGGACGACAGCCAGCCUUCCCACUCGCUCUUCGCCAGCCCCAGCUCGCCGCCUGUCCUGGGGGAGGCUGUCUUGCAAGACAGCAGCGUGGACCUCAAUAGCAGCAGUCACGCCGGGCCGGAGGAGUCAGAGUCCCUGGAGCUUGACCCUCCGCUGGAGCCGGAGUCCCCUGCCCCUUCUCCAGAAGAGGAAGAGGAAGAAGCUGGUGACAGCUGUCCGGAGACUUCAGCCGCGCCUGAAGGAGAGAGUGAAGAGGCAGCCCCCCUCUGUGCGUCAGCAGGUGGUGAUGUCCCACGGAGGCGCAUUGCCACCCAAGAGGAGGUGCGCUUCCCCCUGCAGCACGGGUGGAGGAGAGAGGUGCGGAUCAAGAAGGGCAACCACCGCUGGCAGGGGGAGACGUGGUACUACGGGCCCUGUGGGAAGAGGAUGAAGCAGUUCCCGGAGGUGAUCAAGUACUUGAGUAGGAAUGUGGUGCAGGAUGUCCGGCGCGAACACUUCAGCUUCAGCCCCCGCAUGCCUGUUGGAGACUUCUACGAGGAACGGGACACACCUGAGGGUUUGCAGUGGGUAAAGCUGAGCCCUGAGGAAAUCCCAUCACGCAUCCAGGCCAUCACAGGCAAGCGCGGGCGACCUCGCAAUGCAGAGAAGGCCAAGCCCAAGGAGACGCCUGCUGUGAAGCGUGGCCGAGGCCGGCCUCCCAAAGUCAAGAUGGUUGACUUGCUGAGCAAGACAGAUGCUCGGCUGCUGAAGAAACUGGAAGCCCAAGAGGUGCUUAGUGAGGAGGACAAGUUGAAAAUGAGCAAAAUCAAGAAGAAAAUGAGGCGGAAGGCAAAGAACAAGCAGAAGCAAGAAGCAAAAGCUCCCAAAGCAAAGGAGACCAAGAAAAAGUCCAAGGCCAAGGAGAAAAAGGGCAAGACAGAGAAAGGCAAGGAAAAGGUACGGCUCAAGGAAAAGAAGGGCAAAGCAACUCGCAAGGUGGACAAAAGCCUCUUGGCCCAGCGGCGCCUGGAGGAGCGUCGACGGCAGCAGCUGAUCCUGGAGGAGAUGAAGAAGCCCACAGAGGACAUGUGCCUGGGGGACCACCAGCCCCUGCCAGCCUUCUCCCGCAUCCCAGGCCUUGUGCUGCCCAGCCGCGCCUUCUCCAACUGCCUCACCGUUGUGGAGUUCCUCCAGAGCUAUGGCAAGGUCCUGGGCUUCGACCCAGCCAAGGACGUGCCCAGCCUCUGCACACUGCAGGAGGGGCUGCUGGGUGUGGGUGACAGUGCGGGUGAAGUGCAGGACCUGCUGGUGCGGCUGCUGCAGGCUGUACUCUACGACCCCGGCCUGCCUCCCUACUGCCAAUCCCUGAAGAUCCUUGGGGAGAAGGUGUCAGAGAUAAGCCUGAACCGUGACACUGUUUCUGAGAUUCUGCGCUGCUUCCUCAUGGCAUACGGAGCAGAUGACGAUCUGUGUGAUGGGCUGCGGACGAAGCCCUUCCAGGCGCUGCCCCCGGACAAGAAAGCAGCCAUCCUGGCCUUCCUGGUGAAUGAGCUGAACAGCAGUGCCCUCAUCAUCAAUGAGAUUGACAAGACCCUGGAGAACAUGUCUAACUACAGGAAGAACAAGUGGAUCAUCGAGGGCCGACUGCGCAGGUUGAAGAUUGCCCUGGCCAAGAAGACGGGCCGUCCAGAGUCAGAGAUCACAGGCUUGGAUGAUGGGCGGAGGAGACGCAGCUCUCGCCUCACAGAGGAGAAUGGCCUGGAGAUGGAGGAGGAAGAAGAGAGCCGAGGCCGGAAAUCCCGCAAGGAUGAGGAGGCUGACACUUCUACAUCCAGCGUCCCUGAGCUAGAGAGACAGAUUGAGAAGCUAGCCAAGAGGCAGAUGUUCUUCCGUAAGAAGCUGCUCCAUUCCUCACAGACACUGCGGGCAGCCUCUCUGGGACAGGACCGGUAUCGGAGGCGGUACUGGGUCCUGCCCCACCUGGGUGGGAUCUUCGUGGAAGGUACAGAAGUAGUUGAGCCAGUGCCAGAGGAGCACACAGAAGAGAAGGUGGCUUCCCACAUCUCUCCAGUGAAGGAGGAGCCAAUGGACCUGCCCAUUCCCAACCGAAUGAACUGCACGGCCUCGCGCUCCCGGGGCCGGCCACGGAAGAGCAAAGAGGAGCUGUCCCAGCACUGUGGGCCCAAACCUCCUCCUGUCAACGGGGUCCUAGAGGAUUCAGUGUCCUUGGGCCAGAGCCAGCACGACCUCAGCCAGUCUGCCUUCCUGUCCUGGCUGAGUCAGACACAGUCAUCCCGUCUCAAGGACUCCAUGCUCACCCCAGACAGCAGCCCCGGGAAGGGGGACUCGGGGCUCCCGCCUGUUGAAGCCCUGACUGACACUGCAGCAGAGGAGGAGAAUACCACAGAGACUACAGAGAAACAGGGACCCUGGUUCAACCUGCUGCCCCAGACGCCCUGUGAUGACCAUGCCCCCCUUGCUACCUCCUCAGCUGAGCCCUCGCCAAGAGCCAGCUCACAGCCCCGCAGCCAGCACUGUGGGGAGCAGCCCAAGGCCUCUGCCAGGCAGCUGAACGGCCUCCCUGCGGAAGACCCCACGUCUCCCCUGCUUGCUUCCACACCGGUCCAUGCUGGUGCCAGGGUCCAUGGCACCUGCCCCAGGAGUCGGAGCAGCCUGGAGAAGCUCCAAGACCCAUCCGGGCAGCCGAAACGCCGGGGGCGUCCCCCUACAAAAUUCUUCAAGCAGAUUGAACAGAAGUACUUGACCCAGCUGACGGAGCAGCCUGUUCCCCCUGAGAUGCAGAGCGGCUGGUGGUGGCUGCAGGACCCUGAAGAGCUGGAGGCAGUGGCCCGUGCACUGCAUCCUCGGGGAAUCCGGGAGAAAGCUCUGCAUAAGCACCUCACCAAGCACAAGGAUUACCUGCGGGAGGUCUGCCUGCGUACCACCACUGACCCCAUCUUCCACCUGCGCCCGGAGGCAACCAGUGCCGCCGUGUCUCGGGAAGCCUUGGCCCAGUGGUCAGUGAUGGAGAGAGCCUAUGAGACUGACCUCUCCAUCCUGCAGUGGGUGGAGGAGCUGGAACAGCGUGUGCUGAUGGCAGAUUUGCAGAUACGGGGUUGGACGUGUCCCAGUCCCGACUCCACACGGAAUGACCUGCAGUACUGUGAGCACAAGGUGGAACCCCUAGAAGAUAUCACCAUCAAGAACCGCCGGGAAGGACUGCCACUGUGCCGGGAGCACACCAACCCCCUGGACUUGGCAGUUCUGCGGCUGGCAGCACUGGAGCAGAACGUGGAGCGGCGCUAUCUGAAGGAGCCACUCUGGCCGCUGCACGAGGUGGUGGUAGAGAAAGCAGUCCUGAGCAACCCUGAGGAGAUGAACCUGGGCACCACAGAGAUUGCAUAUGAGAUCACACCCCGAAUCCGGACAUGGCGACAGACUCUGGAGCGAUGCCGGAGUGCAGCUCAGGUCUCCCUGUGCAUCUACCAGCUGGAGAAGUCCAUCGCCUGGGAGAAGUCAGUCAACAAAGUGACCUGCCUGGUGUGCCGACGCGGAGAUGACGACGAGCACCUGCUGCUGUGCGACGGUUGUGACCGUGGCUGCCACCUCUACUGCCACCGGCCCAAGAUGACGGAGGUGCCCGAGGGCGACUGGUUCUGCUCUGUCUGCCUCUCCCAGGCGGAGGAAUAUCAGGACCCCAGCUCACCCCGGCGAGGCAAGAAGCGGAAACGGGGGCGUCUCUUUGGGGUGGGCUUCGUGGAGGCUGACGAGAGCCCCCGGCGCCGGUCAGCCUCACGCCGCCGUGAGGGCCUGGCAGUGCCCCGCUACUCAGGCGAGGGCCUGUCACCCUCCAAGCGGAGGGGUGCAUCAUUGCGGGGCCAGCCCAGUGACCUGACCUUCUGCGAGAUCAUCUUGAUGGAGAUGGAGUCACAUGAGGAUGCCUGGCCCUUUCUGGAGCCUGUCAAUCCCCGCCUGGUGCCCGGCUACCGAAAGAUCAUCAAGAAUCCCAUGGACUUUGCUACCAUGCGCACGCGGCUGCUGCGGGGCGGGUACACGAGCUCUGAGGAGUUUGCGGCCGAUGCCAUGCUGGUGUUUGACAACUGCCAGACCUUCAACGAGGAUGACUCGGAAGUUGGCAAAGCCGGGCACGUCAUGCGCAAGUUCUUCGAGAGCCGGUGGGAGGAGUUUUAUCAGGGAAAACAUGCUACUAACCCGUGAGGGGGGGGGGCGGGCCAGGGCACCCACCUGCCUUCCCAUACUCAGGCAGGGGCUCGGGGCCACCCCUCCUGCUGCCCUUGCUAAGAACUGACUCCUCUGGAGCUGAUCUCGCUGCCUGCUGAAUUCCUACCGGAGGCUGGUCCCUGGCCAGAGUGAAAAGGGCCCCAGCCCUGCUCCGCAGAGACCAUGGUCCUUUUCCGCUGCCUCGACCCUCCACCCCCAGCAACACAAACUCACAGACUGUGUAAGCCAAAAAGAAAAAAAAAAGAGGUGUUUUUUUCUUUCUUUCUUUUAAAUUUUAUUUUCUAAUUAAAAAAAAAAGAAAAAACAGACACCCCCCCCACCUGACAAACGAGGAAAGCGAAUCCCCUGCUGGGAAUAUUUAAUAAUAGCAAUAGUUUGUAGUGAAUGUGUAAGAACACUCCUGUGCAGUGUCGUACAUGCAUUAACGGCCAGUAAAGUGGACUUAAUCCCUCGCCCGCCUCACAGCCCCCCUUCCCCCCCCACCCACGCUGCUCCCGCUCACUCGCUGGCUCCCCCGUCGCCCCGGGCCAGGAUCACCCCUUCGCCCCACAUCAGGCCUGACUGCGCAGACACUUUAGCUGGGAGGGUGGCCCCCCUCGGGGGCCAUCCUGGGUCCUGCCCCUGGCCCUGGCUGCAAACCCUUCUGCUGUAGGAGUUCCCCUACUCCCUGCACUGCUCCUGCCCCACUUCUCCGGGCCUGGGAUGUUGGACGGACGGCCCCUACUGAUCUGGCUCCAGGGACCAAAUGGGGGAGGGCAGGGGGGCCCCAGUCAGCCCUUUCCCUGCCUCCACCUCUCAGGAAGACCCCGGCCCCCCUGCCCUCCCCACUGCGAGGACCCCCCAGGGCUGGGCCUGGGUCCUGGCCACCCCUGGACUCUCUCUCUCUCUCUCUCUCCCCCCCCCCCCCCCAAAUUGGGAUCCCUCAGGGACGCUACUGCAGGCCCCGGGUAGGGAGGGGGCCAAGCCCGGUUUCUGCACCAGAACAUGGACUUGAAGCCUCAGGCGGGUGUUGGUGUCCUGCUCCCCCCACCCCAAACCCCUGCCAGAGUGCUUGGGGGUUUGCACUCGGUGGGGAGGGGGACCGGGCCGGCCCCCAGCCCAGGGCAGCCGGAGCCCCCGGGCAGUGAGCAGGCACCUACCUCAGUGCGGAGGCACCCGCGGGGGGCCCGGCUCGGCUGCUGUGCCCCCCCCCCGGCCGGGCAGCCCUGGGCGAGGGUCUGGGCUGGGCCCCCGCCAGCCCAGGGACGUCCGGGGCCCACCUGGCCCCCCUAGCCAGGAUAUUACGGGUACUCGCUCUGGGGCGGUUUGACGGCUGGUGGGGCCUCACGGAGACGCUGUGGGGGCCACAGGCAUGUCCCCCCCAUCGCCGGCCCCACAGAGCACUGAAAACAACUAACCUACCUGGGCGAGAGGGGCAGGGGGCAGCUGGCCACGCACCCGCUCCCCGCCUGCCCCACUCUGGCGUCUUUAAAAGUAGCCUUUUUUCUAUCAGAUAACCUCAGAAACUUUUUAUUUUAUUUUAUUUUUUUGCUUUGAAAUAAGAGGUGGAUUUGAAGUCUAUUUGAACUGACUUUAUAUUACGCAUAAAUAUUUAUAUUUUAUCUAAAUAACUGCGCUGUAACAAACUUUUUUUGUGGUUUGUUUUUUAGUAAUGUUUUGGAUCUGUCAGGUUUUUUUCCGUCGUGGGAAAGUUUUUGGGAGUCUCCGUAUUGUUCUCGUGUUUGUUUGGUUGAAGUUAAUUUCCCCCCCCCCCCCCCGCCUUGCCCUAGUUUCUGACCCCCAUGUAGCCUCCCGCCCCGGUAACGCAACCCGCCACGGCCCAGCUCCGUGCCCGCUGUGCGCUGCAGACCUCGAUCUGGACUGAGGGGAAAAGCUCGAAGAGAGGAAUAUAUUUUUCUUUGACCCGGUUCUGAGUCGUUUGUGAAGCCCCUUCGGUCGGGGGCUCCGGCCGUCGCAACGGAAAGGAACAACCAACGCUGAGAUGUUGCGGCCCCUUCCAGCCUACAGGCCGCCUUUUUAUAUAACCAAACGUGUUGUUUUAGUGACUUUUUGAUAAUGUACAGGUUUUGUGAAUUUAAAUUAAUUUCUUUCUAUAUUUUUAGGACCAAUCUCAUUUUUAAUAAGGUUUAAAGGAGAAAAAAAAAAAGAUUCUAGCCCUCCUGUUUGUUGCCUGUGAUGUCCCCACGAGCUGUAGGACCGUGCGUGUCGCGUUACGAGAAUAAACAACUCACGUUUGAUAGACA